AUUUUGAUUUGACUGAUUAAUCUCGUCCUCUAUUUUGUAGUUAAAAAACGGCAUAAAGUCACGUCGUUGUUGUAGACUAGUCUGACGAUAAUUUAUCGGAAUUCGUUCAUUGUCCUUUUUCAUCGAUCCCAAAUUUGGUUUUAGUUGAUAAAUAAAUGCGAAGAGCAAUAUUUCAAAUUCCUCUCCGCCGAGCUUCCUCUACCGUUCAGGAACAAGAAGGUUGAACAGUUUAGAACGAUAUUUACAAGAAUUCGAUCUCGUUGCGGUUAAAGGUUCCGACUUGCUGAGUUGGUACGCCUGUGGAUGGUCACGUCAGGUUCACUUGCUGCUAAAUCAAUACAAGCUUGGCGAAGUAUUAAUACCAAAAUCUCCCAGGAAAAACCAGCACAGCAAAAUGGUGUGGCUGAAGCACUUUGUUCUUAUGACACGCCAAGCUAUCCCGUUCUUCCAGCUAUAGAGAUGGAUGACUGGCAGUACGUUAUGAGACGAACAAUGCAAGAAAUCAUCCCUGGGUUGUAUCUUGGUCCCUAUGCUGCUGCUGCCAAGUCAAAGAUGCAGGAACUCAAAGAUUCUGGAAUAUCUCACAUUGUCUGUGUUCGUGAAUUCCGUGAAAGGAAUUUGAUUCGCCCGAAUCAUCCAGAUGAUUUUCAAUACUUGGUUGUAGAAGUAGAAGAUAGCAGCAUGGCCAAUAUUAUACCACAUUUUCGAACGGUAAAUCCAUUCAUCAAAUUCGCUUUAAACAAUGGAGGGAAGGUGCUGGUUCAUGGAAGUGCUGGAAUUUCUCGUUCUGUAGCCCUCGUGAUUGCAUAUAUUAUGGAGACAUACGGCGUGACUACACAAGAAGCCCACAAAUAUGUUCAAUCUAUCCGAUUUUGUAGCAAUCCAAAUGAAGGCUUCAUGCAUCAACUUCGAGAGUAUGAACCAAUUUAUCGCGCAAUGCACGUCGUCCCCCGAGCCUUGCCAAGUACUCUACCCACUCAGAAAUCCUGUAAGCGCAGUCUCGAUGAAGAUGAGGAUUAUCACAAAGGCCCCAACAAAGGGGGUAAGUUUUAGCCAUGGAAGAUUUGCUGUUCGUGUUUAUUAUCAACCAACCAUCAUGAAAUUAUUUUAAUUAGCGUCCCAUUAUCGCUCUAAGCAUGUUUUGUUAUUACUAAUUACUGUCGUGAUAUUUUGUUACAACUCAAAAAUUAUUUAAUUAAUAUGCUUAUUCGCAUUUUUAAUAUGAUUUGAUAAUUGAAUAUGUAAUAGGAGAGAUUAUCAUGUUUUACAUACAACAAGCUUUACCCUAAACUUGUUACAGUUAUCAAAAUUAUUAUGUUAUAUAUGAGUAAAGCAUCUGUGAUAUGUUCUUAAUGAUGAAAUCCAAGAUAAUCUUAACAAUGUUAUAGUUGUACUUCAAAAUGCAGGACAUUGUUUUUUAGCAAGUUUUUUAGCGCUUUAAAAUUAGGCAUGACACUUGUACUACAUGUGAACAUGUACGUUUUGUGGUAAAUUUUAAUAUCAAGAUUGUGUUAAACAAAUUAAGUUGCGCCGUUAUGAAAUUUGAGCUCAAUAUUUUUUAAAUCAACCGUUACCUUAAAAUACUUUUAGCAGAUUUUUUUUUGUAUAUCGGUCAUAUACUUUUCGUUUAUAUGUAUGGAGAAACUUUAUUACUGAGCUCAUGCAUUGGUGGCCCUUAUUUUAUAUUUACUCCUAUUCAAUUUUUUGCGUGUCCUUAAAUUAUGUCGAACCUUAAUCUUAUGCGUGGAUGACAACUUUCUGUAAUUUCUUGUUGUUAGUUGGUGCGGCCUCGAUGUCAGAGCAGAUGAGAAAAUGAAAAAGUUUUUGAGACUUGCUGCUACUCUUUCAAAUCAUACUGAUCACUAUUACCAAAGUCGAAUGAUGAUGAUCAACCGUUGUAAUCUCGAUAUUAAUUUAAUUUGGUAGAGUUUGAAAAAUGCUUUUUGCUUACUACAUCUAUUAUCCAACACUUUUAGUAUUACUUACUAUGCAUUGAACUUAGAAUUUUACCCAUAACAUGGUCCCUUAUUGUUUAUGCAUACUUGUAAUUUAAUUAGAAUACAAAUAUAUAACCAAUACAGUAAGUGAGAAUAUAGAGCGACCUGAUACUCAUACAUGUAACGACAAGCGAGAAAUAAAUAUUUUGUAUGUUAGAAUAGUCUUUAUAUAAAAACGAGAA